UCUUCUCACAAAGGAAAAGGAAGCAAUUAUCUAUGCUUCCAUGAUUUCCGUUUCUAGGCUUUCUAAAUGGUUUCUUCUGAAACUUCCAAAAAGGGUAUUCUGUAAGUUAAUGUAUUUCUAAGAUAACAAACUCACCCCGCACAAAAAAAAAAAAGGUUCCAUCCUUUUAUGAAAGUCAGCAGAAAAAGAACAACAAGUGAACCAAGUGCGAGACUCAGUGCGACAGUGCCCUAUUUUCCGUUGCUGUUUCUUUCAGGAGCCAUAAAGGCUUUAUGGAAAUGGCAAUUGUUAUUGCUAUCCAUCAGGAGGAAUCAGGCAUGGAUCCAACAGAUGUUCGGAUCAAGAAGAAUGAAAAUAUCUUCUUCAGUUGGCAUCGAGUGCCAUUCGUUAACGGAUGAUCCGUUGGGCCUGAAAUUUUGGCGGUUAACUUUGGUGAGUAUUGUUAACUUAGUGUAUUUUUUUCAAAGUUUUCCGAUUGUAAUUUCUCGAUUUUCGUUUCGGACGCGGCUGCGUCGUUAACGACUUCCUGUCUCCAGGAGUCGACAAAAGUUGAUGGGUCUCCUGGAGUUGGUGGCCUCAAACAUUGUUUCGCGAAUCGUACGUUUAUCCAGUGACUUUGUACUGUUGUGGAUCUUCAACUUCGUCAAGAAGAGAUUUCAGCAAGUGAAAAAUGGCGUUCCUGAGGAUCGUGGCGUUGCUGCUAUGGUUGCUGGUUGGUGCAGGUGCGGAUUGUGGUCCAGACGACGGGGUCUUCAAGUGUCGGGACGUCUGCGGAGAGGAGGUGCGGGACACUGGCGGCUACGGACGUUGGGUGACGUUCGUCGGGUCGACGCUGUUCCUGGACUGCGUGCGUCAGGCGGAUCUCAAGGAGGUGAAGCUGAUGUCACCAACGGUCUGCGUCGGGCGUCGAGUCGACAUGGAUCGUGUCGUGACGCCUUGGAGGUGGUGCGAGGAGGUCGUGCCACCCAAGCCAGAAGUUUCGACGGCGGCAGUUCCGCCGGUGGUUGGUGA